AUGUCCGGAAUCAUCGACCAAAUUAUCAACAAGAUCAGACCACAACCACAGGUCAAGUCACAACCAAUUCCUGAUUUAUCCAAGGUUAAAGUUCACAAUGGUGUCUUGGACCAUGCAUUGACCCCAUCCGAACACUCUGCUGCGCCACACUCCAAACCAAUGGCAAUCCCUGCCAACGGGCCAGCCGAAGCAGACACUAAGGCAUCUUCCGUCUCUUCCAGCUUGGCAGCCCUGAAGCCUAACUCUUUCACGGGAAGACGUUCCUCUGUCAUCAGCGCUCUCACCGGUGGCGAUGCUUUAUAUUCAUUCAACAAUAAUAAUUACGCCUUUGCUUCAGACAGUGCCGUGAGUGACGAAAAUGGCCCCUCCGCCCUGAGCCAUCAACGGACCGGCAGUGUGGGGUUGAACAUCAGAGAAAAGUUGAGAAGGCCUAGCACCGGCGCAAUCCAACAGGCCUUGGACUUGACCUAG